GUUGGUCUUGUCUUGCAGCGUGCAUGUGUGUGUGAGAGAGGGCUGGACCUGGACUGUGCCUACCAAACCACUGCCCCCCUUUUCUCCUCAGAUUUACUCGAUUAUCUCCCCCCCCCCCCGGCUCGGAUAGAAGAGGCCGAGAGUCCCGUUUGGAGCGGUGCCUGCCUUUAAAGACAAGUAUGGAUCCAGUGGGAGGAAUAUCUGCGAGCAUAAACGCAAACCGGCUGCGGGCAGAAGGGAUGGGCUCCGUCGAGCACGCCGUGCCCUUCUCCAACCAGGACUACGAGGCCCUGAAGCAGGAGUGCGUGGAGUCCGGCUGCCUGUUUGAGGACCACUAUUUCCCCGCUGAGCCCACAUCGCUGGGCUUCAAGGAGCUCGCCCCGCAUUCUGCCAAAACGAGCGAUGUGGAGUGGAUGAGACCAACGGAACUGACAGAUGACCCUCAGUUCAUUGUGGGCGGAGCCACCAGAACUGACAUCUGUCAGGGAGCGCUGGGCGACUGCUGGCUCUUGGCAGCCAUCGGCUCGCUCACCCUGAACGAGAGGCUUCUUCACCGGGUGGUCCCUCAUGGUCAGUCCUUCCAAGACGACUACGCCGGAAUCUUCCACUUUCAGUUCUGGCAGUUCGGCGAGUGGGUGGAUGUUGUGAUAGAUGACAGGCUGCCGGUCAAAGACGGCGAGCUCAUGUUCGUCCAUUCUGCUGAGGGCAAUGAGUUCUGGAGUGCUCUCCUGGAGAAAGCUUACGCUAAGCUGAACGGCUCCUACGAGGCCCUGUCAGGAGGAAGCACCACUGAAGGCUUUGAGGACUUCACAGGGGGCGUGUCCGAGAUGUACGAGCUCCGCAGCGCUCCCAGAGAUCUGCACCGGAUCAUCGCCAAAGCUCUGGACCGAGGCUCUCUGCUGGGCUGCUCCAUCGACAUCACCAGCGCCUUCGACAUGGAGGCUGUUACCUUCAAGAAGCUGGUGAAGGGACACGCCUACUCCGUCACCGGAUUAAAGGAGGUUGAUUACCGUGGCAACAUGGAGCGCCUCAUCAGAGUGCGUAACCCCUGGGGCCAGGUGGAGUGGACUGGAGCCUGGAGUGACAACUCCCCUGAAUGGGAUGAGAUCGACCCCUCUGAGCGAGAAGACCUUCACCUGAAGAUGGAAGAUGGAGAGUUUUGGAUGUCCUUCAGGGAAUUCUUGAGGCAGUUUUCCCGGCUGGAGAUCUGUAACUUGACCCCUGACGUUCUGAGUGAGGACGACAUGAGCCACUGGAACACCAUCAAGUUCUACGGGACGUGGAGGAGAGGCAGCACGGCCGGCGGCUGCAGGAACCAUCCCAACACGUUCUGGAUCAACCCUCAGUAUAAGAUCACGUUGCUGGAGGAGGACGACGACCCGGAGGACGACGAGGUGGCGUGCAGUUUUUUGGUCGCUCUCAUGCAGAAGGACCGCCGCAGAUAUCGACGCCAAGGUCAGGACAUGCACACCAUCGGCUUUGCUGUGUAUGAGAUUCCAGAAGAGUUUAGGGGCUGCCAGAACGUCCACUUGAAGAAAGAUUUCUUUUUGAACCAUUCAUCGUGCGCCCGCUCUGAGACCUUCAUCAACCUGCGAGAGGUGAGCACGCGGCUCCGCCUCCCUCCCGGAGAAUACCUCAUCGUGCCCUCCACCUUUGAGCCGAGGCAGGAGGCCGACUUCGUCCUCCGGGUGUUCACAGAGAAGCAAUCAGAAACAGAAGAACUGGACGAUGAAAUCUCUGCAGAUUUAGAAGAUGAAGAUGAAAUAACGGAGGACGACAUCGAUGACUCUUUCAAGUCGAUGUUCGCUCAGCUGUCAGGAGAGGACAUGGAGAUUUCCAUCCGUGAGCUCCAGACCAUUCUGAACAGAGUCGUCACCCGCCACAAAGAUCUGAAGACCGACGGAUUCAGCACAGAAUCCUGUCGGACCAUGGUCAACCUGAUGGAUAAAGACGGGAGUGCUCGUUUAGGUCUGGUGGAGUUUCAGAUCCUCUGGAACAAGAUCCGAAAGUGGCUGGUCAUUUUUAGACAGUUCGACCUCGACAAGUCCGGAGCCAUGAGCUCGUAUGAGAUGCGUCUUGCCGUGGAGGCAGCAGGUUUUAAACUGAACAACAGACUGAACCAGGUUCUGGUCGCCCGGUAUUCAGAGAACGAGCUGAUCGACUUUGACAACUUCAUCUGCUGCCUGGUGAAGCUUGAAGCCAUGUUCAGGUCUUUCCAGCAGAUCGACAAGGAGGGAUCAGGAGUGGCUGAGAUGAACAUCACAGAGUGGCUUUACAUCACGAUGUGUGGAUGAAGAGGAACGCCUUCCCCCGGAGAAGCUUUUCAAAACUGCUGAUAAAACCUGAAGACCCCCCCACAGCCUUAUAGAGCCAUUAAUCCUUUAACACAUCCCACCUCAGCGUACCUAGAGUAGCCGAACGUCGACCUCACAGAGAAUGAGAGUGAAGCCAAGUGUCAGCCCCGCAAAAUGUUCUAAAACUAUGCAAACCUCCAGUAAGAAGCCGUCACCUCUGAAGGACAGCAUGAGCCUGUGCAUGAUGUGAAUCAUUAGCUGUGACUUCAUUUUAAUUUAGCUUUCUAUGUGAAUGUCUACUGCUUUACUAAUAAGAGUUUCACUGUUAAUCUUUUGAGGGACAACAAAACAUCAAAGGAGAAGUCUGAAGACGUCUGUUACUGUAACGUCUGCUCUCAUGGUUCAGUUUAAAACCAAGGACCCGGUUGUUCAAAAAGGUUUAAUCCAGGUAAAGAUGAUCCUGAUUUGUUAAUCCACUUUAGGAUCACGUGAUCCAGCUCACUCUUAUCCCAGAUGAACCUGAUCCAGGUACAGACGUUAAAGGAAAGCGAGUGUUUUAAAGCAACAAUAUGAAAACUUUCCACCCUUAAAAUACUCGUUUCAAAAUCUGUUCCAAUAGAACAAUAAACUUUAAACAGGGAGAAUGGCGUCUCUGUCAUGUCCACAGAGCGCCCCGGUCGCCUGCAUUCAGCACUAUGUAACUUUGGCUGCGGGCUGAGAUAAUCCAGUGAAAAAAAUGCCUUCAAAUAUCCGCUACCUUUUUAAAAUGUUGUUUUUAUUUUGAGUUAUUUAAAAGUUUCCUCGCUGUGUUAUCCAGUCUGGAUCAGCUCCUCUGAUGGGGUCAGGAUGCUCCUGAUCUGUUUGAAUCAGUUAUCACAAUCCAACGACACAAACUGGAGGAUUUAUCCAGAUUUAAAAAACAGAUCUGAUCUCCUUUUUUUUAAAAUAAUAUAUAUAUUCAAAAAUUCUGCACAUUUACAAGGUUAGAGUCCUUAAUUUACGAGAGUAAAUUUGUAAACUGAUUCAAAUAAAUGGUUAAAAUAUUAUUCUGAAAGGUUGUAUGAGAAGAGCAGCUGCUGAGUGAUGAAAGGAGAUCCCUCAAAGACAUUUUCCUCCAAUAAAGACACACUUACCGGUAAUUCUCAUAAAUUCAAAUUCCCCUCAAUGUGGCCCUAAUACUCCUUAAUAUGAUCGCCUCAUUGUUUUUAUUUCCUGCACCACUAGGUGGCAGUACAGACUAGUUUGAAUGAUGGCAUGUGUUCAUAUGUUCUGAUCUUUUGUUCUUAUAUAUCACACUAAUCAUCUUUUGUUCGAGCAGCAGCUAAACGUUUAGUUUGUUAUUUUUGCACUGAGAUUGUAGUUUGAGACGUCGCCUCACAUUAGAGAUCAGUACACCGUCUGUUAUCUCACUGCAGAGAGACGACAUGACACUGAAUGCCUUAGAACAUGAAACCAUGUGAUGGAAUAGUUUCUGAAAAUGUGCCAGUCAUGUGUUCAGUGUUGUGUGAAUGUAUGUUUGUGCCUUUUAAUAAAAAUCUCCCUCGUU